UUGUGGGUAGGGUCACUGGGAGCUGAAUAUUUAUUUUUAAAUAUGGAUUUUCAAAAUACAAAAAUUCCAAACAAGCUAACCAUGACAAAUGAAAAGACCUCUAGUCAGCCAGUGUACUUAGUAGUCCAUGCAACUGGAGAAAAACUGUUAUCUAAGUGUUCCCCAUUUUUGAUCCAAAAAUUGUUUGAAUCAACUAUUGGGCACUUAAAGAAAAUACAGAAAUUGAGGUCAGGUGACCUCCUGGUGGAAACAGCCUCUCCUCAACAAACAACAAAGCUUUUGUCAAUGAAAACACUUGGAGAUAUGGGAGUUUCAAUCACAUCACACAAAAGUCUAAACUCAUCACGUAGUGUGAUAUCUGAGAUCGAUCUAAUGUCUGAAGAUGAAUCAGAUAUUCAGAUCGAUCUUUCAGAUCAAGGUGUCACUGCUGUCCGACGCAUCUCCAUUCGUCGAGACGGCAAGUUAAUACCAACAAAGCAUAUAAUUGUCACAUUUCACAAGCCAACAUUGCCAUCCUUCAUUACUGCAGGAUAUCUGCGCUGCCCCGUUCGUCGUUACAUUCCAAAUCCGCUGCGUUGCUUCAAAUGCCAGCGAUUUGGACAUUCACAAACAUCCUGCCGAGGCAAAAGCGUAUGUGCACAGUGUGGGAUUGAAGACCACGACAGUACCGAAUGUAAAAGUAUCCCAUGCUGUGUGAACUGUAAAGAUGCCCAUCCUUUUUACUUCCAGAAAUGCCCUGCGUGGCAGAGAGAAAAAGAGGUGCAACGGAUAAAAACCGUAAACAACGUAUCAUACACAGAGGCCUGUCGCAUGGCCACCCCAAGUGCAACAACGAAACAAAAGACCUUUGCUGCUGUGUUGAAAUCUACUAAGACAUGUGGGGUUCAAACAGAUAUUUCUGUCUCCCCAAAAGAAUCUCUCACUCGACACGCAAAAUGUUUGCUGACCCAAUCAAAACAAACUGAAGAAAAUGAGAGUAUCAAGACAAAGACACCCCUACAUAAAACAGGGGUAGUAACCAGAAAUAUGGGUUCUAAGAAAGCAAAUAAGAACCCACUUAACAAACAAAAAUUAAAAGCAACCCUCUCUAAAGCUAAAAGAUCAGAGACUCAGUCCGUGAGUGAGUUCUCUGAUAUCUCUGAUGAAGAGCCUAACAUGGAGGUGAAAAAACCAAUGUCACCGCCAAAAGAUAAACCCCCUGUGAAAAUAAAGAGGGAUACCCUCAUGAAAAAUGCUGCUUCAAAGACAUAAUGGAUUACAAAAUAAUCUAAUGGAACUGUCGUGGUUUCCGCAACAACUUCUCUGACAUUAAACACAUGACAUCAUCUACUUCAUCUCUCUGUGUGGCACUCCAGGAAACACAUCUAAAACCUGGAGAAAAUAUUUUUUUUAAAGGAUUUGAUCUCUAUUGC